AUGAAAAUGAAAAUGGAUAAAUCAGAUCAAGUACAAAGUUUCUUGUCUAACGAUGCUGCUGAGACUUCUGUAGUUCCUAGAGAUAAGUUUCCAUUUUGGUUAAGUUAUUUUUUCAACGAAUACAUUCAUCAACGUUUCGGUCAAAUUACGGGAGGUGUUUUUAUUUUCAUUUGCAUUUUCGCAUCAAUCUCUACUUAUUUCAAAAGUGGUGCGGCUAUUUUCAUUGCUUGUGUAUAUUUUUUAGUUCUUUUGAUGGCUGUUGUUAUCGGGUAUGUAUACGAGUUACGCCCAAAUUUCAAAUUAAGAGAGUUAAAUUCACAAAGCCAGAUGAAACUUUUGCUAGAGGUUAUUGAGUGUAAACCAACUCCUUCAUCGUCCACAUGGGACGUUAUUGCAUGUCAUGUGAAUGAAUAUUUGUAUACUGAACGUUAUCAUACUACUCCGAAUUACUUUUAUGAUGGGAAUGAAGCUUAUUGUUGGUUUAGGGAAUCUGUGUUUGAACCGCUAGAGAGACAAUUUAGAGGGCAGAAUCAUAUAGAGGAUGAUGGAACCGAACUUGGGAAAUUCAAGGUAGCGGCUUUCCGAGAAUUCAGAGAUUCAGUUAAUAGAUACUGGCAAGAAGAAUAUCCCGUAGCUUUUACAAAAGUGGGUAACUCCAGGGGUUCUAACCCCAUUGUAAAUCCCAAUGAGCGUACGGAAAGAUCCGUUGAGAAUAUGGUUUGA